AUGUUGAGGUCAUAUCACAUCCUUCGCGGGUUCCAAAGGUUACACUCGACCGAGGCCGGUGUCUUGGAGUACAGGACAAGAAAUGCAGAAAUAUCUAAGAAUUUAACCAAAUGGUACCCUUCUCUAUCAAAUAUUCCGAAACCUACGAUAGAUGUGUCUCGUUUCAUUAAAGAGUAUGAUGGUUUAAAGGUAGAUGACCGUUCAACUACACAUACUUUACGAGGAAAGAUCACCAAUAUGAGAUUCUCCGGUAAGAAGAUUGGUUUCAUUAACCUCUUAAAUGAUGAGAAAUCGCUGCAAGUAAUUGUUAACCUCAGUAACCUUCCCAUGUCUGUUGGUGAGUUUCAGGCACACAUGAGAAAGUUCAAGAUUGGAGAUCACAUUCAAGUAACAGGAUUUCCGGGGGUGUCUCAAAAGCAGGGAACAUUAUCCCUUAAGGUGAAUUCAGAAUUGAAAAUGCUCUCUCCAGCACAAAUACCAAUUCCUCCAAAGCUUCUUGAUUCGAGCAAAAGAAACUCUAAUAAAACGUUGGAUUACUUGGUUAAUGGAACGGAAGCAAUAUACAUACGGCACUUGGUAACUAAAAGAAUCAGAGAAUGGCUCUAUAAGCAGGAGUUCAUUGAAGUGGAGACACCAAUAAUCUCUUCUAAAUCUAAUGGAGCUAAUGCCAAGCCUUUUAUUACCCAUUGUACUGCCAUCGAUAAGGAACAACCGUUCGAACUACGGAUCGCUCCUGAAUUAUGGUUGAAACGGUUAUGCAUUGGUGGCAUGAACAAAAUCUUUGAAAUCGGUAAGGUAUUCAGAAAUGAAGGUAUAGAUUCUACACAUAACCCGGAAUUCACAACCUUGGAAUUUUAUCAGUGCUAUAUCAAUAUGGAGCAACUUAUAGAAAUGAGUGAAUCCCUCUUAAUAUAUGUAUGUCAGGGAAUCGAUAAACCCAAAGCACAAGAAUUAUUAGACCAAAUUAAGGCCAACAAUGGUAAAUUCAAAAGACUGGAGUUCUUACCUACAUUAACACAAAAGACGGGAAUCGAUUUUGACAAUAUGGAUUUGAAUAAUGCCGAACUUCUUAAAGAAAAAUUGAGAAAAGCUAACAUCAGCAUAUCAGAAUCGUCUGUAUCGCCACAACAGAUUUUGGAUGAACUAUGUGGUAAAUACAUUGAAUCACAGUGUGAUACUUUGCUGCCGACUAUCAUAUACCAUCAUCCUACAGUGUUAUCUCCAUUAGCGAAAACUGAUUCCAAUAACGUUCAAAUCACAAAACGUUUUGAAAUUUUCAUCAACCGUAAAGAGUAUAUGAACGCAUACGAGGAAGAAAAUUGCCCCGACUUACAAUUGGAGAAAUUCACUAAUCAAUUGGCAUCCAAAACCCAGUUCAAAGAUGACGAAAUGAUGGCGGUUGAUCUACCUUAUGUUCAGGCUAUGAAGUACGGAAUGCCUCCCAUUGGUGGAUUUGGUCUGGGUAUUGAUAGAUUGUGUAUGCUAUUGGCAGACACACAGCGAAUUGAGGAAGUUUUAAGUUUUGGGACCCUUGACGAUGUCAACAGGCAAUAA